CAGUCCUGCCCCACGGUCGCUGCUCCGCGGCUCCGCUGCUCUCACACCGCGGCCACAGCUCCUCAGCCGAGCCGGGGGUGUGCGUGCGGGGGGACGAACUCUCUGAGACACCGGCAGCGUGCAGCGGGACCCGCUCUGUGCUCCGCAAUGUGCGGCAAACGGGAUUAACGCGCUCGGACGGCAGUAGUAGUAGUGGAGAGUAGGGGGAGCUCCGCGCCCAGCGACGCCGCAUGUGCUCGCCCGUGUGCGGCUUGGGAAACUUGCGCUGCCCCGUCCACCGGAGAGACACGAAAACAAGAGGGAACAAGAGGGAAACUACCACAACCUGCGGCUGCGGUUUCAAACCUCUGCACCGGGUUCGAGCUCCGGGGACUCGCAGCAGCAGCAGCACGCCGACCUCUGCCUCCUCUCACAUGCCUGCGUUGAUGUGUGGGAGCGAGGGAGGGGAGCGGAGCCGGGGGGGUGUUUGAGUCAGCCCGCUGAACUUCCACACACACCCCGAGACACAUUAAAGACAGAAAAAAGUUAGUUGUUAGCUGGAAGUGAAGGAGACUGCGGCGGUCAUGGAGGGACAAGCGGGCGAGGAGCCGCAGCAGCAGCAGCAGCAGCCGCCGACUCCACCGACUCCACCGACCCCUCCGCAGCAGCAGCCGCACAGCUGCUGCGAGGACGUGCGGAAGAGCGGCUACCUCCGCAAGCAGAAGUCCAUGCACCGGCGGUACUUCGUGCUCCGCGCCGCCACGGAGCUCGGCCCGGCCCGCCUGGAGUACUACGAGAGCGAGAAGAAAUUCCGCGGCAAGGCCCCCGUCCCGAAGCGGGCGGUGGCGCUGGAGACGUGCUUCAACAUCAACAAGCGGGCCGACGCCAAGAACAAGCACAUGAUCGUGCUGUACACGCGGGCCGAGAGCUUCGCCGUGGCCGCGGAGAACGAGGCGGACCAGGACGAGUGGUACCAGGCCAUGGUGGAGCUGCAGUGCAAAAGUAAGAACCUCUCCGACAGUGCGGCAGCGGGGGACUAUGGCGUGCCCAAUCCUGGGCCUGCGUUCAAAGAGGUUUGGCAGGUGAAGGUGUGGCCCAAAGGCCUGGGUCAGGCCAAGAACUUGGUGGGCAUCUACCGCCUUUGCCUGACUGACAAGACUGUCAACUUUGUCAAGCUCAACUCUGAUGCUGCUGCUGUGGUGCUGCAGCUCAUGAACGUCAGACGCUGCGGCCACUCAGAAAACUUCUUCUUUGUCGAGGUGGGACGCUCCGCCGUGACAGGCCCGGGCGAGUUCUGGAUGCAGGUGGAUGAUUCGGUGGUGGCCCAGAACAUGCAUGAAACCUUGCUGGAGGCGAUGAAGGCACUGAGCGAGGAGUUCCGCCAACGCAGCAAAUCUCAGUCAAACUCCGGCCCUGGAGGAGGUGCUACUGCUUCAAACCCCAUCAGUGUUCCGUCACGCCGCCACCACCCAAACCCUCCUCCCAGCCAAGUGGGCUUCACCCGCCGGCCCCGAACUGAGCCUCCUGGAGGCACUAACUGUGGAGCAGGAGGCAGCAGUGCCAAUGCUUCUCCAACCCCACGGGAUAUCUUCCCGAGGUCUCGCACUGCCAGUGAUGGCGGGAAAGGUGAGGAUGGGAUAACUGUGACCACACCGCUCCAAGGACCGAGCUGUAGUCCCUCCACCAAUGGCUCCUGUUCUACCACCCCAAUCCUCAGGUCGAAGUCAGUCCGUUCAGUCCCCACCACAGCUGCUAAAACUCCUCUUGGGCUGAUGCGCUCCAUCUCCACCCCAGCGCCCUCCCCAGCCCAAAGCCUCUCAUCUAGCUCUGGGCAUGGCUCUGACUUUGGAGGUGUAACAUCUUCUGCUACUAUUGGCCCGGGAUGUGGAACCUAUAGCCAUGUUCCAACCCAUCGUGCCUCCGUCUCUGGCUCACCCAGUGACUAUGGCUCCUCAGAUGAAUAUGGCUCUAGUCCUGGUGAUCAUACGCUCCUUCCCUCCCCAAGCCUCCCUGGAAGCUCUGUAGGUAGCGUCAGCAGCCAAUCCCUUGGUGAUGAGGGAGCCAACUACAUCCUGAUGGGCCAACGUAGUGGUGGGGGCAGUGGUAGCAACAGCAAUCAAGGGAGCUUGACGUCCAGUUCCGUGCCAGCACCAGGAACACCACCCUGUGGCUCCCAGUCCCAUACCAGGAGAGUGCUGCGUCGCUCGUCAAGUCGUGAAAGUGAAGCUGAACGUAGGCUGCUGAGUAAACGGGCUUCCUUACCUCCUAUGGCCCUGGAGAGGCUGGCCCCACAUCAGCGUAGAGCUGAGGAACCAGCAGAUGAAGAUUCAGCUGAUUAUGCCAUCAUGUCGAGGAGCACCAGCCGUGAGUCCUUCACAUCCCCCUCCUCCUCCACACAGAGGGAAUCUGUCAUGGGGGCUGGUUCAGCAGGGGGAGGAGGAUACUUGGAUGUGGCGGAGUUCAAAAGUGAAGUGAGUGGAGGAGCAGGUGGAGGUGUAGAUUUAGGUGUAGACAAUGGGUAUAUGUCCAUGCUGCCUGGCGUCACUCAGCCUCCAGAAUCCCUGUCCCAGUCUCUGGCUGUCUCUGUCCCAGACUCAGAUUCUAAACCUGCUGAUGAUUACAUGGCCAUGACCCCUAACAACAGUGUGUCCCCUCCACAGCAAAUCCGGCCUCCACCAACUUCUGAUGGCUAUAUGAUAAUGUCCCCCAAUAGCAGCUGUUCACCUGACCAGCGUGGUGGUCUCUCUGGAGGAGCUUGGAUAGGCAGUGGCAGUGCAGACAGCAGGGCAGGCAGUGACUAUAUGAACAUGUCUCCUAUCAGCGCUCGUUCUGUAAAUGGCAGCCCCCCACCCCCUGAACACACUGCUCAUUUGGAGACCAGUUCUCAACAGCAUGCCCCCAAGAUGGUUUAUUCCUACUAUUCGCUUCCCCGGUCAUACAAACAUAACCCCUCUGCUGGACACUUUGACGAUGGGCCAGGACGAGGCAGAAGGCCCAAUGGGAGUUGUAGUAGGGGAAUGAGUGGAGGUAGGACGAUGGGAGUGCGUCAGGAGCAACCAGCAUCAGGUAACUCAGCGGUGGGACGCCACCUGUCACUCUCAUCUUCCUCGUACUCCUCUAGCUCAGCUAGCAGCGAGAGCCUUGGGGAGAGCGAGGAGAGAGCUACCCAGUCAGUGGCUGGGGGAACUCAGUCCAAAGAUGGGAUUAAGCUCCAGCAGAGACGGGGCUCCAGCGGGUUGUCCAAGCAGGGUAACCAUACUAGAAGCAGACCAGUGAGUCUGUUUGUGGAUGUUUCUAAAGCUAAUACCCUUCCUAGAGUCCGUGAGAAUCCCCUGCCCCCAGAACCGAAGAGCCCUGGAGAGUAUGUAAGCAUUGAGUUUAAGGGGGAGAGGUGUGGCCAGACUGGGGUUGGAGGAGGACGUGGCCGGGGUCUCAGGCAUGGCUUAUCACUGCCUCAUUGCCCAAGCAGCCAGAAUCCUCAUCACAGGACAACUUCUUGCCUAGGUAACUUUGCCCCGCUCUCCCGCAGCCCCUCUGCCCCCAUCACUCCCCCAGCUGCCUCUGAAUAUGUCAACAUGGACUUGGGCCCUUCUCCGUCCCCCUCACCCCUCUCUCUUACCCCACUAGUUUUCCCAUCUUUCCACACCCCUCCCACGCCUCCAACUCUUGCUCAUGCCCCCAAAUCUUGUGAUGAGGGUCCUACUGUCCCCCGUGAAGAGAGAGCCGAAGUAGCCGAGGCCCCACUUAGGAAGAGCAGAGAAAGUGCUCCCUCAGUGUCUGACUCCGUGUCCCCUAUAUCCUGUGGAGACUACACAGAGAUGGUCUUUUCCUUAAAUAGCAACAUUGUCCCUAGGUCAUCAUCCAGUGUCUCUCCCAAAGCCCCUUCCCCCACCAGGACUGAUCCUUCGGUUCCAGUGUUGUCACGGGGUCUUGAAUUCUCCCUCGCAAAACCUGGACUCAAUCCAGACCACGGGGCUAAAGUUAUCCGUGCCGACCCCCAAGGACGCCGACGUCAUUGCUCAGAAACCUUCCUGGCCUCGCCUUCCCUCCCCACCUCCACGUCCACUUCCUCUUCGUCCACUGCCUCCCUAUUUCCCGAACACACCCAAGCUGUGGCCCGUCGGCUGGGCUUUGAAAGCGUGCUGUGGGGGAAUGGUGCUGCGAAUGAUACCCCCACUCAGUGCCCCCUCCCUGGACAACAGUCCCUUCCCACGAACACUCAGACUUCAUCCACAGAGCAAGGUCUUAACUAUAUUGACUUGGACUUGGUCAACAAAGAGAGCCCCCAUUUGGGCCUGGAUGGACCCUCAGGUAGCCAGGCCCCUUCUCGCCUCUUCUCCGUACUGGGUGGAGGUUCUGGGAUUGGGGGAGUGGGCGCAGCAGUCAGCAGCAGCAGCAGCAGCUCCAGCCUCAACACGUAUGCCAGCAUUGACUUCUACAAAUCAGAGGAGCUGCGGACACAUCAGAAUGGAAACAAGGAGGGAACAGAGUGCUGAUGUUGGUGCGUCGUCCUUGGGGGGGAAACAAUCUGGUACCACUCACUUCGAAAGCCCCGCCCGUUCCUUUCCGUGUAACCAAUUGCAUUAAAGGAGCAACUGGAUCGGACACGCCCCCCGAUGAAGCACUUUGACAGAGACUGAUGGAAAAGGGUCUUUUUUAUUGUUUUCUUUCUUCGCUUUCAUCUGGUUGGUUACGGAAACCAGCGGAGACGUGUGCCAAAUGACAUUCUUGAAAAGAUACUUUCUGCUCUCAUUCGUUGAGUGAAAGCCAAUCAGAGAAAGGUACAAAAAUGGAGAAUGGUAUUUUUUAUUUUGUUUAGAUUUGUUUUUGUUUUUUUUCUAGAUUUCCUCAAAGUGAAAAAAAAAAACAUCCAAUCAUAAAGAGUACGAAGGUGGCUGAUUAUCAUGUGUAUGAGAAAGAAAAUAUAUAUAGAACUAUUUACAGUAACUGCUAAAAAAAAGUGCCUCAUUUUCAGACUGUAGCUGUUUUGCAAAGAACUUUCAACUUAGCCUUGACUAAGUUAAACUUUGGAUUCUUUCUUUGUGCUUAAUUUGAUGUAGUUUCAAAAAAUAUGCAGAGGGAAGAUAUUGACAAAAGUGAAUCACACUUAAUGCCGCGUUAAUGUCAUAUAGGAUCCAUGGUACGUUGUCAAUAUAAACACUAUCCAUUAAAUUUGGGUUACUGUGAAUGAAGGGCUUUGGCUGAUGUGAGGCAUCUAUUUUUAUGGAUUAUUGGCACUUCUGUUUAAUUUUGAGCCAAGUUAUUAAUAAAUAUUCAAGUUUCCCCUAUUCAUGACUAAAAGGAUGCUCAGAGGUCUCUUACCUCACAUUCAGCCUAUAUGUUAAAGACAGUAAAAGAAAACGUAUCCGCUCCAAAUUUAAAUGGGUUCUUAGUUGGGUCACGCCUCUCCUCUCACGUAAUCACCACUUUUAAGCUGAUGCGAAUGACACCGUAGUAAACGAUGAAUCUGUUGUGACGUGAACGCGGCAUUUGCGCUAACAUAACUGAUACAAUGGUACUAGCAAUCUACAGGACCUCCUGUCUACUGUGAGAAAUAUUAGCAUAGCGACUGUUAGCUUACUGCUCAUUGUAACUUGUGUCACUUUUAUUCUGUCCGUCUCCCUUUUCUUUCACGUUUAAACUUUUCGAACCAGAGCCAUACACCGAAAGUAUUAAACACACACAGGCUUGAAAACAAAAAGGGCACUUCUGUCAGCAUUGACACUAUCUUGCUCGCUAUCUGGAGGCUGCCAGCUCAGAUUAAGACAUUACCACCAUGCCAGGACGUCAAUUCACCAACCUGCUGACCAGCUCAGGGUGAGACCCCUGCUACAGAGCCAAGCAAUCCCAUUAGUGCUAUUAGCUCCAUACACGUGUGUCUCACUUAAUCCCCUUUGUCUCAGGAUGCAAACUAACAUAAGGUACGUACAGUGAGGAUAGAGACCCUAUCUAUAGCCAUGCUAAUGCUAGCUUUGUAGCGGUCAGCACACUGCUUUUAGCACCGGAAAGGGGCUCAGUUGUUAUUUCUACAAUGUCAGUUUAUAGAAACUCCUAAUUUGUUGUCCUCACUUAUUUUAUACAUUAAGGUACCAAAACGUUUAUGAAAGAAAGUUUUUACACUUUUUACACAAAUUUUUAAUCAGGUUGAAUUGAAAGUACGUCGUUCCUAAGUCCUUUAAAGGUUCAGUGUGUAAGAUUUAGGUGAAAGGGAUCUAUUGGCAGAAAUGGAAUAUUAAUUACUAGUGUGUGAUCACGUAAAUUUUGUGAAUUGUUGUUUUCUUUACCCAAGAAUUGACCCUUUAUAUUGGAAUACUUUAUAUUUACCUCUCUACGGAGGCUGCCAUGUUUUUUACAGUAUCCCAGACUAGACAAACUAAACAUCUUUUGAGUUUUUAUGACAACUGAAGGCUACCACAGGGUCUCUUUCAUGUUUGGAAGGGGAUAUUCAGCUGCAACAUGCAACUUCACCACUAGAGAUCGUUAAUUCCUACACACUGAACCUUUAAUUUAAGACUUUCGAUGUCCUCCCGCCUCCUCUGUCUUUGCUUAUAGGUCUUACUUUAAUCUCCGCUAUGCAUCAGCACUUAAGUGCCUGUCUGUCCUGUUUGCCUGCCUGUCUCUCUGCCCCGCCUUAGCAGCUAGCACUAAUAGGGCUGUCCUAGCAGAAUAUAUCAAGUCUAUUUUUGUGUCUAUUUUUGUCUCUUUUGACUGUACAGUUCUCAAAAAAAAGCAAAAAAAAAAUGUACUUGUUGGUGUUUGUUCGAGUGUGACAGUGAACUAUCAGAUGACUCGACCGACAGCCAUGGCCCCGAUCGGUGGAGUUUUGGACUGUUUUCAUUUUGUCGGGAAUCGUUGCGGGGCCACCAGUGCCAAAUCGCAACAACAAAGGACAAAAAAAACAAAAGACUCAGCUGUCCUCCUCUCCGACAGCACCUCGAAAAGCAACCUUCAGCUUUCAAGUCUGGACGUAUUGCUUUGUUUUGUUUUAACGACGUAACCUUUUUUGUGUGUCCCCCCCCAAUGUUUUUAUUUUGCAGUGUGGGGGGGAGAGAACUGUGACAUAUCUCCCCUCGCAGUCUGCUGAUGUGACUCCCGGAGAUAAAGGUCAUCGAGGAGACUUGCGUAUGCUUUAACCUUGGAUAUUCUUAUGACUUUUACCAGAGCGUCAGAAGAAAAAAAAGAAAUGCAUGAAGAGAAAGACAAGGCCACCGUGAAAAAAAACCACAACAAAAUGUUUUCAUGUCUAAAUACAUCUACGUAGCUCUUAAGUUUGUACUCAUGUGUUUAUCUGCCUGCUUUGGGAAGUUCAUGAACUUUCUCACUCUGGUCACAUAACUGUCGGCGUCCCGGAGCACAACAAUGCAGCUUAAUUACAUGCAGAUUGGGAUCUGUGGUCGGACUUGCCCCAUAACAGUGGUUAGUAAUGCAGAAGUGGACAAAACAAUUGGACUCAAACACAUGAAACGCUAGCAUACACACAAACAAACAAACACGUGAUAAGUUUAACUGUAUUUUGGAAAUGUUCUCAUAUUGAAACUGCAGUUUUCUGCCAAAACAGACACGCUUGAAGGUACUUUCAGUCGAGAAAUCGCACAAGUAGAUGCUGCAUUCAGGUGCAGACGUUAGUUUCCUGCAGUUUGGAGCCUCCUUCCAGCUCUGAGCGUCUCAUGAACUUCUCAAUAAAACAAGUUUUUUUUACUGUUGUACCUGCACACAGGCUGGAAAGUGUUGGCCCCUGUGGCAAAGGGCUCGAUGGUCACAGCUACAUAUCAUGAAUAAAGGGGUGGGGGUUAACAGUGCAAGUGGCUGCAUGACUUCAUUCAUUGCAUUGUGUAGAGAUAUUCAUAAACGGUGCGGGAAAAAUGCUGCUGUUGUUCUAAAAAGAUUUUGUAUCCCAUCCUCCUGUUCCCCUGAGGGAUGGUACUGAAUGGGAAUAUUGUGGGAUUGUUUUUUUUUUGCCAUUGAUGUAGAACAGUUUUACUUCUGUUGCUUGAGAGAAAAGAAAAAUCUGACUAAAAGAAAAAAAAAAAAACCAGUCAAACAACAAACAAA